AUUUCCUGCUCAUUUACUAAAGUACGAGAGCAGACCUCUUCUCCGUCAAUCCGGAUAAGCAGGGUACUAGUAUGUUUACUACUUAAUAUAAUAAGUUCGUGAUGAUUGAUGUAUUGCAUCAUCUAAUGUGAACGUCCACGUCAUGACCUGAGCCUUGCUUGAACAAUGGUCUACUUACUCUCAGAAGGUCGCCACGAUCAACUCGGGCGUUAUCUUGAAUUGAUUAAUAGAUCGUAUUUCAUAAUUCAUGAUGACUUCGAUACGCCACCUGCACCUUAAUCCGUUGAAGAGACAGCCCUUACUCAAGGACCAACCGGCCCCUGAUGAAGACGGUCCCAAAUUACCGGUGAAGAAGAUUCAUACCAAUCCUCAAGGAUCGGAAGGCAACGAAGACGCAAGCAUAUAUUUCAUCGGCACGGCGACAACGGUGAUCGAAUGGCAAGGGCUCCGGAUCCUCACCGACCCCAACUUCCUGCACGCCGGCGACCACGUGCACCUGGGGCCGGGAGUGACCGCGCAGAGGAAGACGGACCCAGCGGUCGAUCUGCGCGAGCUGCCGGCCAUCGACUGCAUCCUGCUGUCCCACUACCACGAGGACCACUUCGACCGGCUGGUCGAGGACUCGCUGAACCGGUCGUUCGACAUCAUCACGACGCCGCACGCCAAGACGUGCCUCGCGGGCGGGUCCAAGGCGGACCCGUUCCGCCGCGUGCACGACCUCGGCUUCUUCGAGAGCAUGAUGCUGCACGUCGACCGCAAGGACACGCCGCCGCUGCACGCGGGCGGGCACGGCAAGGCGCCUGUCGUCAAGGUGACGGGGAUGCCGGGGAAGCACGUACCGCCGGGCCCCCUGGCCGCGGCUAACGACUUGCUGAAGGCGGUGCCGCCGACGAACGGGUGGCUCUUGGAGCUGGGGUAUAGCUCCACGGCGGCGACGGGCAGGGACGGGAACGGGAACGGGAACGGGAACGGGGACAUCAUCAACGUCGGGUACCGGGUGUACAUAUCGGGGGACACGCUGUUCGUCAACGAGCUGAAAGGGAUCCCCAAGUGGCUGAAGAACGAGAAGGUCGACCUCAUGCUGGCGCACCUAGGGGGGACGACGAUCCCGGGGCCCGCGCUACCGCUCGUCAUGGUGACGAUGGACGCCAAGCAGGGCGUCAAGCUGAUGCGGCUCAUCAACCCGGGCGUGACGAUCCCGAUCCAUUACGACGAUUAUAGCGUCUUCCUGUCGCCUCUCGCGGAUUUCAAGGAGAAGGUGGAGGAGGAAGGGUGGGAUGAUAGGGUCGUGUAUCUUGACCGCGGGGAAGAGUAUCGGUUCAAGGUCCGGGGAAAUUGAAUAAGCAAGACUACCUAGUAAAGUAAC